AUGCUGCUAUGCAGUAUACUGCGUGGAGCGCUAUCCGCGUCUUUAGGCACCGUCGUGCAGAUUGCGAUCUUCUUGCUGCAAAAUUCCAAUAUCUCGAGAGUGCUCGCAUCUAUGCCACCAGGAGCCGAAGACGAGAUUAUCCUGAUCGAACAUUUACCGGGACGACGGGUGCACCUUCAGGAUUUUUUCUGGACCGGCCUGGAAGACGCGCCGCCAUGGGUGGAUCCCAAUCAGGGUUUAACUUUUUACGAGACCAGGACAAUCGUUCACACUGUUACUGUUUAUACCCCGACCGAUGAGAAAGGCCCAGACCCCAUAUCGCCUCAUCGUCCAGAUACUUACAAUCCGGAAUGUGUCACGUGCAUAGAACCAACACCCAGAUUGGACGACGAUGAAGAUCAGAGUAUCGGAGUUCUUAUCGGAGAUGAUCCAGGCCCAAGGUACUGGCUGUUGACGGUUCUUCGACCAGGCGAGGCCGUACCACCUAAAGUUGAGCUUCGUUUAGCUCGCUUGUAUCGAGCCGCGUUUUCCAGACAGCAGCAACGGCAUCUCGGUCUUUUGUCGACGGAUCCACGAUCCCGAAGAGAUGCAUUGCUACGCGAUUUUCUUAACCGAAAGAACAUGCAAGAACGUUUUGGAACUUCGUCCCAAGUGAGAAUUUCGCAAGAAGAGAUUCCCGCAAAUUCAACCGAAGUUCAACAAUCCGAAUUGACUAUCGGUACCGUCGAAAGUUCUUCGAUUUAUACAAAAACCGAAGCGAGCGUCCCAACCUUAGUCGACGAUAAACACUUUUUGAAUGUUUCACAAAUGAAAUCCAUGAGAAUGAUCGAAAUUCCCAAGCCGAAAAAGUUGCUGCCGAUGUUCGACAUGGAUGCGACGAGCGACAUGGAUGCGACGAGCGAUUAUGAAAAACCUAUAAAAGAUGAUUUUGCUCUAAGGAAAAUCAUAAAAACAUUGAAAGGAGAAACAAAAUCCUUGUCUACGCAGAACGAUGAAUCUGCAACCAUUCAUCCAACCUAUCCUGUUGGAACUGGGAUUCCCGAUUUCCCGCCGAGCGAACAAUCCCCGCCGGAAUUGAUGCCAAUUCCCUCGGAUUCGUCUGAUCCAAAAUUGAAUUCCGAUAGCAUCCCCAAAAGCCGAGCUAGCGAUAAUGCGAGUGCAGAUAUGCGCUCCAGAUUGCGUUUAGCGGACGGCUCGAUUCCGGGGGUCGUAAAAGUCAGGAUGCAGAAUACGAGCGUUAUCGAGGGUGGCGCGACGAGACUGAUCUAUUCGGUUCAUCUCGACGGUAAGCCCGUUCCUGCUGAAACGGCCGCGAGAGACAUGGCACUUCUCUCACCCCAGGAAGUCGCUCUGGAACUCGGUGCUCCGGUGAUUAUUCAAAGCGAGCCCUAUCUGAAGGAGAGUAGACCUCUGGCUCUAUCGAGAAGAAGAGACGCGUGGCUAUUGGUUGGUGCUGCUGGUGCAGGUUUUGUUUUAUUAAUCUUGGUUCUCACCGGCUUAAUUUUGGUUGCUAAAAGAAAAAGGGCGCACAGCGCUGUCGUUGCACCACCGAACAAAAGUAUUCUUAAGAAGGAACGUGAAUAUGCAGCCGCUUCGUCCGGUCUCGAUAACACUGCGUUUUCAACGUCGGAAACAGAGAUUAAAACCGACGGUACCAGUCAGCGACAAACUCCGCGGACUUUAUCCCGAACUCCAAUCACACCCGACACGCCCGACAGUCUGGAAUUAGGUGUUCAUGAAGUUUCCAGCGACGACGACGAAGAACUAAAGAAGACUCGCGGAUCGGUUCCUUGGAAUAUCCAAGAACACGCGGCUAAGAAAGCUAGAGCGUCGUAUGGAAGAAUGACGAGAUCGAACGCAAUGGACCAAUCCGGAUCACCGGAUUCGUUAACCGAUCAUAUAGAGACGUUGACAUCUUUGGAAAAUGGUUAUGUAAAACAUAAAGAAGAAUCUACCGCCUCACCGCGAUCUUACUUAUCAAUGCCAUCAUGCAAACAAUUUCCUAGUAUGCGCACCGUAGAACCACUAUCAAGAGUAUUGGAACCUGUCAUGGUCAGACAUUUAGACAUUGAUUCGCCGGAAUUAGUGCGUCACGAUAGAGACGAUAAUAUCGACGACACAUUCCUUGCAAGAACGUCGAGUGCUUCGAAGGAUCCUGGAGCUAUAGGACCGAUCGUUUGGAGUCUUAACAAGCAAAUGUUCUCUACAGAAGGUAACGGUACGUCCGAAACGGAUGUCGAUGGAGUGUAUCGUCUACCAUCCGGACCCGUGGGUCGCGCCAGAAGGAGACUCCACGAGUUGCUCGAGGACUCCUUCAGUCUCUUCGGAAGUAGAGACAUCAAAAUCAAAGAGACACAACGACCGCCGCCGAUCUCCGUUGCACGAGGAGAAGAUACACUCGCGAUCUUUUCGGAGACCAAAGGCAAAUCCACCCAUGUCAGCCCAAUAAUAACGCCAACAAUGGAAAUGAAGACACGACCUCGUACAUCAUUACCACGUAGAGUUCUGGAUGAGGAUAUCCCGGAAACUGGCCAAGCUGAAUCAAUCCAGUCUCGCGGUACCUGGGGUUCAAGGCCACUCAGCGCGGGGCCGUUCCACAGACCGAACUUGCCGGAAGUGGACACCAGGCGUAUAUUGGCGGACAGCAGACUUCCACCGGAAGAUCCCGCGGUACCUUUAAUCGCGUCGAUCAAAAAGGAACUUGAAAAAUUCUCGCCUUAGUAGAAUCUAGUAGACAAGUAGGAUGCAAUAUUAGCUUAAAUUCUCGCAAAGUGAUAUACUAAUCUUAAGUCGAAAAACAGUGUAUAUAUUCGAUCAAACUUUUUCACAAAAUUUUAUAACUUGACGUCGAAGUUUUCUAUUAUUCGGAUUAUAAUAUAGCAAACAUUUUACACGUAUCAUAAAUAUUAUAAGAAACAAAAAGUAAAUCAUGCCAGCAAUUUCGUUGUUAUAAAUUGAAAUUGUGCCACCGAAUUUAACUUAUUAAUCAGUCACUGUACAUAUCAUUGAACGAUUACAUAUAUAGAAUACAAAUGCAAUACAAUCAUAAAAGUUUGACUGAUUAAAUUAUAAAAACAUUAAGAUAAAUUCUUGUGACUGAUUCAUACAUCAUAGAAAUACAGCUGUAACUUAAUUAUAUAAAAAUGCAAUAAACUUAUAUAACA